CAUGUUCUAGAAACGUAAACAUUGAUGACAGUUUGAUAGACUCACGUUUUCCGAAACUUCCCCGGUGCGGUUUUGUUUAAAAAUGGAUAAAUGUAAACUAAUUAAAGAGAUUAACAAACUUCAAACGCUUCUGAAAACAAGACGCGUUGUCAUCAUCCACAAGUUGGUACGACUGAGCAAGCUGUUCACGGCGAAAGCUUCAACGAGUUCUGAUCCGCGUGCCAAAAAAAAGGCGGAAAACUACGUGGCCAUCCUUACCAACAUUAAAUCACUCUCUCCUGCUAAAUUGUUGGAGAAAGUCAUACAAUAUCAGCCAGCAAAAAAUGGCCAAUCGGCGGAUCCGCCCUCUAUUGAACAGCGCAGCAUUGCCCGGUUUAUGGAAGAUGAGAAGCUAGUUCGGCACCUCAAAUCGCUCGAAGGUCAGUUUGGCAAAGGUGAAAAAUCAAAGCUGCUUGAGGUCCUUAAGAAGAAGAGUAAGAUAAAAAAAUCAGUGAACAAGCAGAAGAAAAAGGAAAGGAUUGCUAAGCGGCUAGCAAAAGAGGAGAAAAAGCAGCAAAACACCGGAAAACAAAAUGACGCGUCCAAUAACAAGAAAACACUGAAACGUAAGCUAGAUAACGAUGGAACGGAUGUUGUGCAACAAACAAGAAUUGCUUCGUACGAUUCGUACGAAUCGGACGACGGCUCUGAGCCGCGGAGCAUUAAGCUGAAUGAAUCCGAUCAAUCUGACGAGGAAGAGCAGUUCGACCAACGAAGUUCUCUUAGCGUGUCCAUCAGUGAAAGUGACCCCGAUAACGCCAGUGAUGAAGAUUCGGACGCAAAUGCUUUGGAAUCCCGGGAAAAUUAUGUUUUAGUCGCUAAGCCGAAGAAAGCUAUUCACCAGGAAAGCAAACCGAUCAUCAGCGAACCUGAACUACCAGAUAAUCAAAGUCUUCCAGCGAAAAAGAAGGUUGUAAAUUACAAAGCACCCGAGGACGACGACGAAGAAGACGGCGUUGAGCUGUUAACGGACAGCUUCUUCAUUACGGAAACGGGAGAACGGUACGUGGCAGUCGCUCCAAAACUUAAAUCUCGGGCAGAAGGGGAUAAAGAUUCAGAAGAAGAAGAAGAAGAAAGCUGGAAGUUUGCCAAUAAGCGGAAAAAGAGAGAGCAGCAAUGGCAAGAACAGGAUAAUGAUGCAGAACUGGACGUUGGGCAGAACUAUACAACGCACAGCAAAGCAAGUAACCUUGGUGGGAAAGGAAAGUUUGUCAAUGGUAAGCAAAUGUAUAAUCAAUCGUCUAAAAUUAACGACGAUCUUCAUCCGUCUUGGGCGGCCAAACAGGCUCAGCAAGGCAUUAAACCUUUCGCUGGCAAAAAGAUUGUGUUUGACGGCGAAGAUGGUGAUACAAACAUGAAACCAGUUGCCACCAACCGAUGUCCCAGUAAAUCUGAUAGACAAAGCGAUCUUCAUCCGUCUUGGGCGGCCAAACAGGCUCAGCAAGGCAUUAAACCUUUCGCUGGCAAAAAGAUUGUGUUUGACGGCGAAGAUGGUGAUACAAACAUGAAACCAGUUGCCACCAACCGAUUUCCCAGUAAAACUGAUAGACAAAGCGAUCUUCAUCCGUCUUGGGCGGCCAAACAGGCCCAACAAGGAAUUAAACCUUUUGCUGGCAAAAAGAUUGUGUUUGACGGCGAAGAUGGUGAUACAAACAUGAAACCAGUUGCCACCAACCGAUUUCCCAGUAAAACUGAUAGACAAAGCGAUCUUCAUCCGUCUUGGGCGGCCAAACAGGCCCAACAAGGAAUUAAACCUUUUGCUGGCAAAAAGAUUGUGUUUGACGGCGAAGAUGGUGAUACAAACAUGAAACCAGUAGCCACCAACCGAUUUCCUAGUAAAUCUGAUAGUCAAAGCGAUAUUCAUCCGUCUUGGGCUGCUAAACAGGCCCAACAAGGAAUUAAACCUUUUGCUGGCAAAAAGAUUGUGUUUGACGGCGAAGAUGGUGAUACAAACAUGAAACCAGUUGCCACCAACCGAUUUCCCAGUAAAACUGAUAGACAAAGCGAUCUUCAUCCGUCUUGGGCGGCCAAACAGGCCCAACAAGGAAUUAAACCUUUCGCUGGCAAAAAGGUGGUGUUUGAUGCGGAUGAUAAUGAUAACGAACGGGCAGAAUUUACUUCCAGCCAACCAAAACGCGACAAUUUCUAUAGGAAAUCAGACCUUCAUCCUUCGUGGGCGGCAAAGCAAGCGCGAAAUGGAACUAAAAUCUUUAACGAGAAUGGCACGAGGAGCUUUCCACCAAAGCACACCUCAAACAAUGAUCUUCACCCAUCGUGGGCGGCUAAACAAGCACAGAGCGGAAUUAAACCAUUUGCCGGCAAAAAGAUUGCAUUCAAUGAUGAUGAUAAUGACGGCAGUAGCCACGGCGACCCGACCGUUAUAAAACGAAUGCACCAGGCAGAUAAUCGGAAAAACAACGAUCUACACCCUGUCACGCAGGCCCGGAAUGCUGUACUACCUUUUAACAGUGGCAGAUCAGCAUACGGCAACGGGGUUCAAAAGUCUCAAGCUGACAACUCUGACCUACAUCCGUCCUGGGCUGCGAAACAGGCCCAGAGCGGAAUCAAACCUUUCGCGGGUAAAAAAAUUACGUUUGACGCCGAAUAAAUAAUUUCGCUCGGUAUCGAAAGCGAUCGUUCGCACUCUA